GAACCUCUCACUAUAGUUCUUAAAAAGGUACGUGUAUCUACUACGUAUCGUGACAGCUCGCAGCGCAGAAAGGACCCGUGGCACCGUCUCUCGGCCCGGCCAAUGACACCGGGUCCUCCCUCGGCGCGCAUUCCCGUCAUUCGCUGCCUUUUGCGACCUGCCCGGUUUUUUCUAGAACCUCCCCUCCACAUCCACUUCCACGCUUUACCAUCGCGCAACCUUACGCAACACCAUCACUUCCGACCACUCACCUCUCGCCGUCGUCCCCAACUUUCUGCCGUCAUCCUCUCCGAGUCCCGUAGGGCCACCUUUGACACACACACACACACACACAACCACUCCUCACGCAGACCACAUUCGCUCACGCACUCCCUCACCUAGAACCGGACGCUUCGUCGCAUCCCUGCCCGCCGCCCUCAUCAUCGCCUCUUCGCCCAUCCACCACCCACCAGAACCCCAAAAGCUGACAGCGCGUUGCCUUCUUUCCAGUCCUGCUUCUACAGCCUCACCAAAGCCAACGAGCCACCACCUGGAUCCUUGACCCAGGCUGGUGAUCGCCCACGCCAGGUAGAGCCGGAUCGAAACUCUCGACGACCCAAGCAGCCAAGCACCCGAAUCGAACAGAAGAGAACAGCUCGUUUUUUGUUUUAUCUUUAUUUUAUUUCCAUUUACCCCACUGCUUCUGCAGCCUUCUUCUCUCUUGGUGCUGCUGCAUUGUGUCGACUCCUUUCCCUUUCCAAGGACCUUACCAGAGCCUGCGCCGUAGUGUACGACCUGCCUUGCUGCAGAACGGCCUGAUCUUCGAACCCCGCGAGUCGGAAAAUUCCAGACGAGGGCAUCCCCACGGCACCCGACGCCCACGAUCAACAUUUCACCCCCAUCCGCCACGAUACCAAUCACUGCUGUCGCCUUCCGACCUUGCCUCACUUCACCUCUUCUCUCCUCCACCCCCUCCCCCUCCUUCUCAUCCACUUUUUUCUCUCUCCCGGUUCAGCGUCCUUAGCUUUAAGGACCGCCUACUCCCGCCAAGGUGGCUUCCAGUCAGCCUCUUCUGGCAUCUUCUGGUGCACUCCAAAACAUCACCGCCUUGUUACCCACCACCCUCCAGGUCUAUCUCGACAAGUCCAUCGCCAGCCUAGCCAAAACUAUCGCCAACUACUCCGGAUACAUCUCCGACACCACCGGCAUCGAUCCGAACCUCAUCCUCUACUCCACCAUUGGCUGCAUCCUUCUCGCAGUCCCCUUCACCAUGUCUCGAUACGGCUGGUCGACAAAUCGGGAACAAAUAUCCCCUUACGGCUCCACCCUCAGCGGUGUUCCCGACGUUACGGACGAAGACUUUAGCUACAUCACCACAGAGGACCUGCAGUCGACCUCUCUUGGUAGCUCUGUCCCGACGAGAUCCUACGCCCACAACCCCCGAUCCCGUGGCAGCGUCCCCGACGACGACAUCCUCCUCAUCAAGAAUAAGGGCAUCACCUAUCCCGCCCACUUCCCCGCGUAUGCCAUUGGCGACGGCAAGCUGCGCGUUCGCGAUGUCCGGGACCGGGUAAGCGUCCUGCUGGAGCUGUCCGAGAGACGUGGACGCCGCGUCAAGCUUCUCUACAAGGGCCGCCAGCUCAAGGAGCCCGCUGCGCCCGUCCGGGAUUACGGUGUCAAGAACAACAGCGAAGUCAUGGUGGUGCUGCCCGAGGGCGAAGUCGACGCCGAGAGCAGCGACGAUUCGGACGAGGAAAUGGUCGUUGUGGGUGGUGAUGGCGGCAGCGCAGUGGGCAGCAAUGGCGGCACCGAUGACGGCAAGAAGCGCCGUGGCAAGAAGAAGGGUCGCAAAUCCAAGAAGCGAAGCAGCAACACCAGCCCCCGGGAUAGCGCAUCAAAUCUCGGCGUCCCGGGUCAGGAGAGACAAAGCUCGCCCUCCCCCAGCAAGGCCAACGGCCCUCACGCCAAGCUCGAUGCCAUUGCAGCAAAAUUCGAGGCGGAUCUUCGCCAGCCUUGUGAGGACUACAUCGCCUCGCCCCCGACAGACCCCAAGAAGAGAGAGGAGGAGCACCGCAAGCUGUCUGAGACGACGAUGCAACAUGUGCUUCUGAAGCUUGACGAGGUCGAGACGGAAGGCGACCAGGACGCCAGAAUGAAGAGAAAAGCAUUGGUCCAAACCGUUCAGGAUGUCCUGAAGCGCCUUGACGCGAGGCUCAAGGCAUAAAAGAAGCGAAUUGGGGCGUCAUUGGGAGGGUGCCUGCUGUUUCUGCAAUACGUUUGUUUACUAAUAACGGCCUACUUCCGUUGAGUUCUUCUAGAUGAGCAUUUGUGGAGGGUUUCUAUUCAGUCAAGCUGCAUGUUUUAUCAAAGCGAGAUUUGCAUCUAGAGGCAUCCCGCGUAGAAUGGCGGGUGCGAUGGGAGUUCGGGACAGCUUGUGAUGGGGAUGCUGUACAACGAUGGCCAUUACUUGAGCAGAAGAUGGUGCUGAGCAAUGGGGAGCAGAGACGACGAGCAGAGGCAGAGGCAGAGACAGGCAGAGAGGCGCAUAGCACGCCGUAGACAGGAACUGCAAAAC